ACUGUAGAGGCUUAUAUGCAACACUGCCAUCAAAACCUAUUCUUAUCAUAGAAAAUGAUAUUUUAACAGCUGUCCACUGUAGUGACCGUCAUGCAUGAAAGGGUUAAAAACACUUACACUUACUAACUGAGGCGUUAACGGGAUCACUGACCAUAGAUGUACGGGGUAAGACCAGGGCUGAGUAUCAAUCAAAAAUGUUUGAUACUAGUACCAAUACCUUCAUUUCGAUACUGGUUCCUAAACAAUAUUUUUUCUAUAUCGGUUUCUAUUGAAUCGGAAAUGAAAUGUUCGGACAAUAUCGGCAUAUCGGAUAUCUGCAUGUUAAUGCAGUUAACGAUUUGUUUGUUUGUUGAUUUGUUUGUAUUAAUUUUGUAUGUAUGAUGUUAAUCAUCACUGAUCUUUCUCUUACUCUUCCUUUAAGGAUGGACGCAAAGAAAAAGAACUUUUUGGAGAAUUUUCGACUUAAAACAAAGCUGAUCAAUUUGAAGAGGCCUGGAAAGAAGGCAAACAACCCAAAGGGAAAAAAACUGGCUUAUCGUCGCAGUAUUUCAGUGCCAGACCUUAGGGUGAUACCAGGACAUGUGGCACCGUCACCAACUGACUCCGAUCGGAUCUACAAUGGUGUAUCCCCACAAAUAAGCGAUACAGACUCGGUUGCAAGUGGCUCGCUCACUGAUAGCAUUACGUUCUCUGAAAAGUGUAAUGACGUAUUUCUAGAAAUCCCACGGAGGGGGUCAAAACAUUAUGAAACAACGGUGGACAAAUUCAGAGCACACGAAGACAGAACAGAUGGACAGUCCAGAUUGACAUUUUUAAGCAGCGAACAUAAAUUCGCCAUUGACCCCAUUUCAGAUUCUAGAUCUAGGUUCAAACAGGGGCUGCCACCAAGACCAGUCUCUCUAGAGAUAGGUCCUGCAGGUUCUCCUGCUGCAGCACUAGCUAAAGCGCACUCACUGGCAAGUGAGCAAGUGGACACGCCCUUGUCUCUCAAGAACAAAUGUUUUGAACAAGAAAGACCCUUAUUUGAAAGACAAAGAUCACCAAGGAAAGAAAAUAAUGUUUCUUCAAACACCCUCGGCACCCCACUGGAGAGUACAGAUGGCACUUCGUUGGACUCGGUCUGUUGCUCUAUGAGUGAGGAGAGAAUUAACCUGCCUUCAGCCACCGACUCAGAGGAGCAUGAAAGUGAACCCUUCUCCCCCUUCUUAAAUGAAGAGUUCAGCACAGAGGAGGCUCUGCAAAACUUGGCCCAGGAAGAGGACUUGAACGAAGUCGCUAAGAUGUGCGGGGAGCGCUUUUUCUUAUUUGAGGAAAAUGGGAAAGAACCAGAAAAUUCUAGUGUAGUCCAAGCACCUGCUCCAGUCCAGAGAUACCUCCUGAAUGUUACUUUAAAACAGGGGAGAAACCUGGUCAUCAGAGACAAGCGCUCAGGCUCAAGUGAUCCCUAUGUGAAAUUCAAACUCGAAGGAAAACAGUUCUACAAAAGCAAAGUGGUUUAUAAAAGUCUGAAUCCACGCUGGAACGAAUCAUUUUCUCAUCCUCUUCGAGACAGAGAACAUAUCGUAGACGUUAGGGUCUAUGAUAAAAAUCGUACUUCUGAUGAGUUCAUGGGAUCAACCUCCCUUGCCCUGAAAAAUCUUGACUUGUACAGAACCUAUGAAAUGGAGUUGCCUCUUGAUGAUCCGAAAAGUAAAGAAAAUUACAUGGGCGUAAUUGUCGUUGAAGUCUGCCUAAUGUUUCGAGAUGCCACCAUAAAAAGAAGCCCUAAAUGGCAACAAAAAAAAACCAAGCAAAACUAUGCAGCACCAACGGAGAGACCAGCAGAGAUGCACAAAGUGAAGAACCAAGUGUGGAGUGGGGUUUUUAGCAUCACCUUAGUAGAAGGACAGGACUUUCCACAGUAUGGCCAUGGGGAUAUUUAUGUCUGCCUUUGCCUGGGAGAACAAAAGUGCAAGAGCAGGAACCUUUGCAUUCAAGCAAAUCCCCAAUGGAGAGAGCAGUUUGACUUCAAUCAGUUUGAAGAUAACCAGGAGCCGCUGCAGAUCGAGGUGUUCUCAAAGAAAGGAAGAAAGGGUGACGAAUCAUGGGGAAUGUUUGAAAUUGACCUGUCAAGGCUCUCACUUUAUGAGAAUCACCUCUACACUCAUGUCCUGGACCCAGGGAAGGGAAGGCUAGUAUUUUUGGUCACGGUCACACCAGCCUGGGGAGUAUCUGUCUCUGACAUAGAACUGGCCCCCUUAGAAAGGGCGGAUGAGAAAGACACCAUCGUGAAGCCCUUAGAAAGGGCGGAUGAGAAAGACAUCAUCGUGAAGAGAUUCAGCUUUAAGAACUCGCACAAAUGUGUCAGAGAGGUUGGUUUUCUUCAGAUCAAAGUCAUAAAGGCAAAUGAUCUUCCUACAACAGACCUCAAUGGAAAAAGCAACCCGUUCUGCGUUGUUGAGCUUGGUAACUGUAAGCUUCAAACUCAAACGGUCUACAAGUCGGUGAAUCCUGUGUGGAGCCAUGCCUUUACCUUUCCAAUCAAAGAUAUAAACGAUGUCGUGGAGCUGACUGUCUUUGAUGAGAAUGGAGAAAAAAACCCAAACUUCUUGGGUAAAGUGGCCAUUCCUUUGCUGAGCGUCCAAAAUGGACAGGAGUUGAAUCUGUUCUUGAAAAAAGAAGACUUGGGAUGCGUAGCCAAAGGCACGAUCACAAUAGUUCUUGAUGUUAUCUAUAAUAAAGUCAGAGCUAGCAUCACAACAUUCCAACAGAAGGAGAUCAAAUUAACAACAGAAAACCUGAGGUUCAACAAAAAGAUUCUUGCCAGGAAUAUAUAUCGGGUUCGAAGAAUUAGUACAGCAGUUCUGUACACAUUACAGUACAUUAAAAGCUGUUUUCAAUGGGAGAGCACACAACGGAGUUUAAUAGCCUUCUUGAUCUUCAUUGUGACCGUUUGGUUCUGGGAGCUCUUCAUGUUGCCCCUCUUCCUCCUCGUGCUCAUUGCUUGGAACUACUUCCACCUCUCUGCCAAAAAGACAAACUUCAAUCAGGACCUGGUAAACAUGAGCAUGUGUGAUGACGAGGAAGAAGACGAGAAGGAAUCUGCCAAAAAAGGCUUGAUGGACAAGAUACAUAUGGUGCAGGAAGUUGUACUGGUUGUUCAGAAUGUUCUGGAUGAAAUCGGGAACAUCGGAGAGCGAAUCAAAAACAUAUUUAACUGGUCUGUCCCCUUUCUGUCCUGCCUCACCUUCUUAAUGCUGUUUGCGUCCACAUUGCUUUUAUACUGCAUCCCACUGAGGUAUAUAGUCCUGACAUGGGGUGUUUACAAAUUCACAAAGAAGCUACGCAACCCGUACAGUGUUGAUAACAAUGGAAUAGUCGAAUUCCUCAAGAGGGUACCUUCAGAUGUUCAAAAGGUGCAGUACAACUUACUGAAAGCACCCUCCAACCAGGGCCAUCCACGGAGGAAAAAGUAGACUCUGUCGUCAGAGUUGGCCACUGUCCUAUCCUAAGAGCUAUCCUGCCAUUACAACAUACAGUAUCUCUUUCAAAGCUGGAUCCUCGGCUUUGUUUUCCGCUUCCCUGACAGAUGCUAAAGUCUUUGG